AUGCGAUACCGUGCCCUGCUCGAGAUCGUUGAUGGCCGAGACCGAACUUUUUGGCAGCUGGCGGUGAGGCGCGAAAACUACGAAGAUAUUGUCCUUAAACGUAUUUUCGUGUCUGCCUUUGCGCUAUGGGUAGCCUUCGCCCUCAAUGAUCGCACUGAGUCACCAGGCCUCAGGGGCUGCCACCAGACUUCUGUCAUGACUCAAGGAGCACUGGCGGCUCACAGUAUCCCUAGCGCGCGGAAAGAGUGGCAGCAACUCAUCAGCAGGGCGCCCGACAGCGGUACACGCGGCGAUAAUGGUCUUGUCUUCUCUAGCUUCCAUUCGGCCUCUUUUGUCGAGGAGCACUUGCGGCAUAACGUCAAUUCCGCGGCGGCUGAGCCGGUCUCUACAGACGCGAGAAGUGCCGUGAAGGAUCCACCCGCUGUGGGAUAUAUGCCGCACGCUACCACUCGGAGUAACCUACAGAAUGCUGACGACCUCACUGACAAGCUGCCAGAGUUUCUCCCGGAGCUCGGCUUCUACUACGAUCUGUACAACGGAUAUUUUGAAGGCUGGGACGAGGAAGCCCGCAGUGUGACUGGCGGAGGCGACUACGCCUUCUCCACGGGCCGCAGCUGGAGUAAGGAAGAUGGCGUACCGGAGGAGUUUUACCUGGAUGCUCUCGAAUCUCGCGGCUCACAUGACUCGGGGGGUUCCGAAGAAGAUUCUGAGGCUGAGGAACCGGAGCUUCCAGAUGUAGUUGCAAAGGGGGGCCACACGCGGUUCUACUACGGGACGGAUGUAGUGCCUCUGCCAGGUGUGUUAGGACUGCGAACUGCCAUUUCCACUGAGUUAAAGCAGAGCCAACCAUCGCAGGUCUUCAUCCCGUCGUCCUCGCCGGUCCAUGUGGCGUCGCCAGGAUUGCCAGAUUUCUCUUUUCUGCUGAUUCGACACGGGUUUAGCAUACAGGUGUUGCCCGCCGCUCCUCUUGGUCACUCACAUGGAGGAUUUUGUAGUUCUCUAUGCGUUGCGCUCCUUCAGGGAUUUCAAGCUCUCGGCAAGCCGAACCUGCGGCGCAAGCUUCCACUGCUUGCGGUCUCCAUGUUCCUUGUCGGCAUGGGACUGGAGACAGCCAUGUGUCUGUCGGGCUUCUAUUCCGUGUAUACAGUCAAUGAGGCGAAGAAGAAGGCGGAGGAAGAAGUCAAGGAAGAAGAGUUCUGGCAACGCGUUCGCGACAGAAGGGCAGCUCGUCAGGGUAUGUACACUUCGCGGCGUCUGCCUCCGCUGGCCCGCCCGCUGCUUCUCAUUUGUUGUUUUUCUAACGUCGGCUCCUAUUCACCCGCUGUCACCAUCAAGUCGGAGGAGUGA